AUGACUGAGAGAGCUCGCAGACUGCUGCGACUGACUACCCGGCAUGACAACUACACUCUGCCAUGUCUGUACGGCUGUCUGAAUCCCAACGUUAUCUCAUCAGGAGUUGGACGACCCCAUGUCAUUGUUGGUACAAGCAGCCAGUACUACAUACUGGCCUCUCGGCUCAGCUGUAAAGUCUGUAAAAAGUACUGGUUUGCAGACAAACCCCAAUGGAUGGACAUGCUGCCAAGUCGGUUCUGCAACAUUUUGCCAGCUUUUCUGACGCACAAGAAGGCCAUAUGUAAGACUGUGAUGGAUGAGUUGUGGCGCACAGCAAAGUCUCCCAAUGAUAUGGCCAAUCAGUUGAAUGAAGCUCUCCACCUCAGGCAUGAGCUUGCACACCUGGCUUACCUGUCUGUUAAGAAUGUGCUGGAUGGAGACAGUGGACUUUAUGGUCAGCAGACCAUCACAGGGGCACUAAGAGCAACAAAUACUACUGCUCCAUUUGGUGAGUAUGGUGAUGUGGUCGGCUGGUGCAGAGUAACAGUCUCACCCCACUACUUGGUUGACUGCCUCAUUCAGGAGUACCAUAGGCAGGAGAGCACUCUCAAUCUGCUCCUUCAAGGCACGUUUGGACAAGCCUUAAGGGCUAACCAUACCCGCAAGGUGGCCCGGAAGGUUGUGCUUGCAUCAGGUACUAUGUCGUCCUACGCUGUGAUGAAUGAAAACUGGAUGAUCUUGUCCUGGGUGAUGCUGCAGUCUGAAAGUGAUAAAUCCCUGCAGCCAAUGUAUGAUGGGCUGUCUCAUCGUUACGUUUUUGCAGGACUGCCAAAAGCCAACUACCAGUGGGUUGACAGAGAUUACUGUGCUGCCUUCAGGAUCCCAAACCCUGAGCCCCAGCAGCACAUCAGGGAGCACUGCCGCACCAGGGUCCCACACCCCAAAGAGCUGCUGGAGAGAGUGGAGAGCAUUCUCCAAAGAUUCUUUUUAGAAUGCGAUCCUGAUGGUGUGCCACUGUUCAAACCAUUGAUGUUGAAGGUGUGGAGGAUUCAGCGAGUCCACAUCCUUUGA